AAAAAGAGCGGUUGUGUCGAGAUCGCUCUUGACGCCGGUAUUAAAAUAAAUCGGUGCGGAAAGUACGCGUCCGUUUUCACCGUCCGAUUUUGGAAAUUAUCUUAUAAUAUAGUGUAGAUAUCUUAAAUAGGUUUUGCACGUGCCGUGUUUUCAUAAUAAACUGUGAAUAAACUAAAUUAACUAUUUUUAUACAAUUAUCAACUAUUUAGUGAUUGCUGGUGAUACAGAGUGUGUUUAGUGUUAGUGCAGUGUGAUGGAUAGUGCCCGUUAGUGCACAUCACGUAUAAUGUCGAAGACUUUGAACGCCUACAGAAUAAAGAAGAUCGAAUCGCUAGGCAGGAUGACGGCGAUGACGCAGGAGGAGAUGGUGGCCGGCGCGCGCACCGUCGCCGCGGGGCUCGAGGCGCUGCGCGCGGAGCACGCGCAGCUGCUGGCCGGGCUCGCGGCCAACACCGAACACGAGAGCGAGAAGGUCGCGCUGGUGCGCAAGAGCAUCGACGCCAUCGAGUUGGGGCUCGGCGAGGCGCAGGUGAUGAUGGCCCUGGCCUCCCACCUCCAAUCAGUGGAAGCAGAGAAACAGAAGCUCCGCACUCAGGUGCGUCGUCUUUGUCAAGAGAACGCGUGGCUGCGCGACGAGCUGGCCGCGGCACAGCAACGCCUGCAGGCCUCAGAACAGAGGGUCUCUCAGCUAGAGGAGGAGAACAAGCACUUGGACUUUAUGGCUUCAAUAAGGAAAUACGACAGCGACAUAACUGAAGAGUCGGAGACCAGCCGCAGCGGCCAGGCGGACAACAAACGCGAUGACCCCAUGGUCGACCUCUUCCCGGACGACGACCAUGAAGACAACAGGAAUAAUAAAUCCAUGUCCCCAACGCCACCAUCACAGUUCGCGCAACAAGUGAACGCGGGGUACGAGAUCCCGGCGCGUCUGCGCACCUUGCACAACCUCGUCAUACAAUACGCGUCACAGGGCCGCUACGAGGUGGCCGUACCGCUGUGCAAGCAGGCGCUCGAGGAUCUGGAGAAGACGUCAGGCCACGACCACCCUGACGUGGCCACUAUGCUGAAUAUCCUGGCACUGGUCUACAGGGAUCAGAACAAAUACAAAGAAGCGGCCAACUUGCUGAACGAUGCACUUUCCAUUCGCGAGAAAACCCUCGGGGAGAACCAUCCCGCUGUGGCAGCUACGCUCAACAAUCUGGCUGUGCUGUAUGGCAAACGAGGUAAAUACCGCGAGGCAGAGCCUUUGUGCAAGCGCGCGCUGUGCAUCCGCGAGGCGGUGCUGGGGCGCGACCACCCCGACGUGGCCAAGCAACUGAACAACCUCGCGCUGCUCUGCCAGAACCAGAACAAAUAUGAAGAGGUGGAGCAAUACUAUCAGCGAGCAUUGGAAAUCUACGAAAGCAAACUUGGACCCGAUGACCCCAAUGUCGCCAAAACCAAGAACAACCUCGCAUCUUGCUACCUCAAACAGGGCAAAUAUAAGGAGGCUGAAACUCUAUACAAACAAGUGUUAACGCGCGCCCACGAGCGGGAAUUCGGCACUAUUGAUGGGGACAACAAGCCGAUCUGGCAGGUGGCUGAGGAACGAGAAGAGAAUAAGCACCUGCAGAAGGAGAAUGCUCCUUAUGGUGAAUAUGGCGGAUGGCAUAAGGCUGCGAAGGUGGAUUCCCCCACUGUAACCACAACGCUGAAGAACCUGGGUGCACUGUACCGACGUCAAGGGAAAUACGAGGCGGCUGAGACGCUCGAGGACUGCGCGCUGCGUAGCCGGAAAGAGCAUGUCUCGCCUAAUGCAUUGGACAUGGCGAAACAGACACGCACAAGGAGUGGCCGCGGCCCGCGGGAGGCCGAACCGCGCGAACUUGAAGAGGGCACGAACCAGGCGAGUGAGCCCCGUAUGAACCUUAAGUCGAAACUGUUCAAUGCGCUAGGAAUCAACACAGGCAGCAGCACGCCACACCAGUAGUCUAGACUAAGACCUAGUUUUCUAGGUUUUAAUUUUAAGCACUCACUUGCUUCUAUAUGAACGCUCCUCGGGCCUCGCGGUGCUAGGGCGAGAGAUAGUGAGCUAAUCUCUAAUCUCUUUGUAUUUGAUUUAUCGAUUUAUAUAGAUAGGACCUUAUAGGUAAAAAAUCGCACUCAUAUAAUCAAUCUGAUUUAAAAAUUAGAUUGAUUUUGUUGACAGUUGGAUGCGCGCUUUCAAACAUUUGAGUAAGUUGAUACAUAAUAAUCUGUGUUAUAGUAAUCUCUCAUCCAGCCUAGUUAAAUUUUGCAAAAAAAAAACGUUUCAAAAUAAUAAAAAAGAUACAGAUUUGUUUCAAUAUUCAAGCGCAUUUUCGUAAAUCAUUACGCACUAUAGCAUAUCUAUAUACAUCGAUGGUUGGGACACGUUAGCUCAUUAUUAUUUACGAGGAUUAUUCAUGUCUCACACUCAAAUUAUGCCCGCCUAUUUAUAUGUUUUUGUAGUAAAAAUGUUUAUUUUAACGCUUUUAUUAUUUUAUAUAGUUUUUAAUCCACAAACAUGCCUGGUAUAUUAAUUCAGGCGAUUAAUAUACUAAUAUUAAAAUCAUACUAUCACAAAUUUGCCUCUGUGGAAUUCAAUAUGGCGGGCUUAUAACUUUAGGAUAAUGUUAGCAUGCAAUAUAUGUAAGUUUAAGCAAAAAAAUAUGAAAAAAUAUUUAAAAUAUUAAUAUGCGAACGAGAUGUGUGAUAUAUGAAAAAUAUUAUUGAAGCAUGCAUACCGUCCCGUAAGAGAUGUAACAUUAAGUUAAUAUUAUAAUUUAACAAACUGAGUACACCGAUGGUGCAACUUUUGUGAGUAUUUUAAAUGUUAAAUGUUUUAAGAUCAUGACAUUUUAAAUUAAUGUCGAAAUUUACGUAUUGUAUUUUAAUUUUUUUACCCAAAUCACUUGUUUACAUACAUAUUGUAGUGUAUAUUGUUAUGUGAUAUUACGUAAGCAUUUCAUUUUAAACAAUACAUAAAAUUCGACUUUAUAGGUCCUUAGGAUGCCUGGCCACUGAAGCGUUGUGGAAAUGUGCUUCCAAUAAACCAAUCAGAUUAUUGGUAGUUAGAAUUUAAUUGGUCUACUGAACACGUCUCCGCUACGCUUCAGUGGAUUCCCUUAUUCAUACGAUCUUCAAAUCGUAAAACAUGCAACUUGUAACAGCAUACAAUGACGUCAAAUUUGACACUUCAAAUGUGUUUAAAAGUAAAAAAAGAAAAGUUAUUGUAUAAAAAGUGUCAAAUUUGAUGGCCCAGUAGUUACGGUUUUAAUACCAUAGAGAAUCUAGGCCCUAGAUAAUAGAAUCUGAUAUCUAUAUUAUUGCAUUUAUUAAAUUGUGACGUAUCCGAUAUAUUUAUAUUAAUUAAUGUUUUGCAUGUGAAUACAAUGAUAUUAUUUUAUUUUAUUCUUUUACAAUUUUAUUAUUUUAUUUUUUAAUUUGCUGAUAAUUUUAUGAAUACAUACUUUAUUUAUUAUUGCCGGUAAAUGCAUGGAUGUAAUUUUUAUUGAGAAAUUUUUCAUGCGUAUUUUAUUUGUUCUACCAAUAAUAAUGUUAUUUUUUAAUAAUGUUAUGCUUAAACUCAUUCCAGUGUAGCGUAUAUGUUUUCGGUGUUAAGCUUUAUGUGAGAGGUGUAGACGCGCAUGGUAGAAUUUAUGGCCGAUCGAUUUUGAAAUCGGUCACUUAAGAAUUUCAUCAUGCGCGCCUAGACUUAUUAUAGGUAAUAAAAAAAUUAGUAAGUAUUUUUUAUAAUUUCGAUUUUUAUUCGUACAAGGGUGCUGCUUGGGAAUGUGAAUUUUAAUUUUACAAAACAUUUUAAUUAUAUACUUACUAGAAACACAAAUUUGUUUUACGUCGUUUUAUCAAAUAUAAAUUGACUGAGGAAUCUCCGUUACAAAAAAACGAACUUUUGCAAAAGUACCAAAUAUUAAAAAAGGAAUUUGCUACCUUGUCUCAAUGUCGCGGUUUCGAAUGGUAAUUUUUUAAUUGUUAAUAAAUAUUUAUGUAUCAUU